UUAGCAUGAAGCUAAGGUCACUGUCAUUCGGCGUCGCCUCAGCGUUCAGGUUCUCACAGAGAGUAUAACGGCUGAAUUGAGUCGCUUUUCAACAUGUCUCUGUCAAAUAAGCUCAACCUGGACAAAGUGGAUGUCAACGGAAAGCGUGUAGUUAUGAGGGUUGACUUCAAUGUGCCAAUGAAGGACAAGACCAUCACAAACAACCAGAGGAUCAAAGCUGCACUUCCAUCCAUCCAGCACUGUUUAAACAAUGGAGCCAAAUCAGUGGUGCUGAUGAGCCACUUGGGCCGGCCCGAUGGCGUCCCCAUGCCUAAGUACUCUCUGGAACCUGUGGCUGCAGAACUCAAGACCCUGCUGGGAAAAGACGUUAAGUUCCUGAAAGACUGCGUCGGUGCUGAAGUCGAGAGCACCUGCGCUGAUCCUCCUGCAGGUUCCAUCAUUCUUCUGGAGAACCUGCGCUUCCACGUGGCUGAAGAAGGCAAGGGCAAAGAUGCUGCAGGAAACAAGACCAAAGCAUCCCAGGAAGAGAUUAACACUUUCAGGGCUUCCCUGUCCAAGCUGGGUGACGUCUACGUUAACGAUGCGUUCGGAACGGCACACAGAGCCCACAGCUCUAUGGUUGGAGUAGAUCUUCCUCAGAAAGCUGCAGGCUUCUUGAUGAAGAAGGAGCUGGACUACUUUGCCAUGGCCUUGGAGAAGCCACAGAGACCGUUCCUGGCCAUCCUCGGGGGGGCCAAAGUCAAAGAUAAGAUUCAGCUGAUCGACAACAUGCUGGACAAGGUGGACGAGAUGAUCAUCGGGGGCGGCAUGGCUUUCACCUUCCUCAAGGUUCUCAAGAACAUGGAGAUUGGCACUUCCCUAUUUGACGAGGAAGGAUCCAAAAUCGUCAAGGACCUGAUGGCGAAAGCCGAGAAGAACGGUGUCAAGAUCACUCUUCCUGUCGAUUUCGUCACUGCAGAAAAGUUUGAUGAGAAGGCCACGACUGGAACAGCUUCAGUAGCUGAUGGAAUUCCAGCAGGAUGGAUGGGUCUGGACUGUGGGCCUGAGAGCUCCAAGCUUUUUGCCGAGGCUGUAAGCAGAGCGAAGCAGAUCGUAUGGAACGGACCGGUCGGCGUAUUCGAGUGGGAAAACUUCGCCAAGGGAACCAAGAACCUCAUGGACAAGGUUGUAGAGGUGACCAAAAGCGGUUGCAUCACAAUCAUUGGUGGUGGGGACACGGCAACCUGCUGCGCCAAGUGGGACACUGAGGACAAAGUGAGCCAUGUGAGUACAGGAGGUGGAGCGAGUCUGGAACUUCUGGAGGGAAAACUGCUGCCUGGUGUAGAUGCUCUCAGCAGUGUUUAAACAUCUGGCAUUUCAUUGCCAAAGGUUGUUAACAUCUGCCCUCCUGAAGAGGCUCUGACUACACUCUCAUUCAUUUCUAUCAGUAUACAGAGGCACAAAUGAUAAAUGUCCCAUCUCUAAUGAACAAAGUGUAAACGUUACUGCGCUCCGCUUUAGUAAAUCCCUCCACCCACCCACCCAGUGCUAAUAUAAGGCUAUGCAGUUAACACACUGUGCCCUUCUGAACGGUUAUCCGUUAAGAAAAACAAGAUUCUCCAGCUUACUUGUUACAUACUACUUUUUAGUAUCUGGUCAUUUGUCUCACCUGCUGAAGUGUUAGUAUGUCCGUGUGUCAUCUUUAUAUAACCAGUAACAAUAUUCAGUAUGUAAAGAUGAAAAUGUGGUGCGUGAUGUAACCAUAGAGCUUUUUAUUUGGCACCUUUUAAACCGAUGUUAAGACUGUAUGUGAAACUGUAGACACUUUAUGUUGCACUUCUCAUCCUGGCCCAGAGGCUUGUAAAAUAAACGGGCUGCUCAGAAGACAUGUACAGUCUUUGAUGGACUAUAAAUAAAAGUUAUAAAAUCUU